AUGCUCAAAGCUCGGAGCAAAGUAUCUACUUGGGAGAGGUCACCCAUUUUCUUUGUUCGGAUACAAGUGCCAAGAAUGUGGAAAAACGUACAAGUACAUCAGAGGGCUGAACAGGCACAAGAAGGAGUGUGGACAAGAAAAGAAAAACAAGUGUUUCUUCUGUCCACACAGAACGCAUCGAAAAGAAAAUUUAAGGUUGCAUAUGAUGAUGAGGCACAACUUCAACACAUCCAACAAAGAAAAAAUUCUGCGAAUGUGGAAGAGGUUUCUCAAAUAAAUCUAACCUCAACAGACAUCAAAGGCAAUGUGGAAAGGAAGAGAAACUAUAUGUUUGCGCAGAUUGUGGUCAUAAAACUAACAGAUCAGAUAGUUUAAAAGUUCAUCAAAUCAAUAGACAUGGCUUGAUGGAGUGAGAACUCUACAUACUAUUUUUUCUUAAUACUAUUUUGUACUGCAAAAUGGAAAAUAGAAUGUGAAAUAAAAUUCUUGAGUUGUUGCCUUUUUCACUCACAUACUAUUUUCUGACAGGGUAACUCAUAUCUCGUAUUUGAAGUAAAAUGAUAACGUCAAGUCUAGUUUCAAACUGGUGAUCAAUGGUUAGGAUCAAUGCAGUUCAAUGGCGACUAUACCGCCAGAAUCAGCACCUAGCGGCCACAGUGGUGACCCGAAUAACAAAUAGCAUCUGAAAUACAGUUCAAACAGACAGCUUGCUGUUUCACUCACGCAGUGGUCGAUUCCGGUAAUAGAU